AUGCCACAGAGAAUGGCAGUCACACAUGCUGACCUUGAACCAAGCAGAAGUAGAACAGAUUUGAGUAGCAAAACUGGGGCCUUCCUUAUGGUUCUCACAAUACUAAUAGGCCUUUUCUGCUUCAUUCUAUGUCUCAUAGCAGAAGCCACACGUUCUGAGGUGACAUGGAUGGACACAGGUGGAAAAGAAAAUGGAACCAAAUCAGAAUGUGUUUAUAGUGGUAGUGGAAAAGUGCCAUUGCUAUGUGCUGCUUCUGCUUUUGUUGGACUUGCAUUUGCCAUGGUCAUGCAACACACUUACAUGUUGAUAGCAGUGAGUAAAACAUCACCUUCUUUGCUUACCUGGGACCCUGAUUCUCCCUCUGCCAAGUCCCUAACAUGGCAGGCAGCGUUUUUCUUCGUUACAACUUGGAUUUGUUUUGGAGUUGCGGAAAUUUUGUUGUUGGCAGCACUUAGUGUAGAGUCAGGUCAUCUGAAGAAUUGGUCGAAGCCAAAAACAGUUUGCUACAGCAUCAGAGAAGGGUUCUUCUCUGCUGCAGGGGUGUUGGCUUUAACAACAGUUUUCUUGGCUGCUGGUUUAUACCUAAUAGCACUACGUGCACAAAAAAUGGCAGAGGAAGUAGCAAGUGUUCGAAGAGAGGUUCUAGAAGCCUCUGCCUUGUAUGCUUCUCCACCAAGAUCACCCCAACCACAGUAUAUGUCAACCGUUGCCAGAGAGAACCCCACAAACAGAGAGAACCAGAAUGAGCUUCUAUUAUCUGUGUUUCCAACUCCAUUUGUCAAAAGUUACGAGUUUGUAUAA